AUGAGGAGCUCCUGCCAGCCAUACGACUCAGUAACCUUUAACACUGGACUUACAUGCGACUGGGCUGCAAUGGGAUCAAAUUUAAGUACAAGUGAGACUUUUACGAGCACCUCAGCACCAGCGGUGAGAACGGCACCAGUAUCUCCUUUCAACUUGCUCACUGUAAAAAUACUAAGAGUGAGGAAUGCCCGGAAGGCAGACCUGCUCACCCUUUCAGACUGCUAUGUCACGCUGUGGCUGCCUACUGCCUCCUCGGAGAAGGUUCGGACCAGGACCAUCAGGAACAGCAAAAACCCCGUUUGGAAUGAAGCUUUCUGCUACAAGAUUGACCGCCGUGUCAAGAACGUGCUGGAGCUGAAGGUCUGUGAUGAAGACACGGUCACCAGGGAUGAUGAACUCUGCACAGUUCUCUUUGACAUAGAUAAACUCACUAUAGGACGUACUGUCCGCGUGAAGUUUCAGCUGAACCCACAGGCACGUGAGGAGCUGGAGGUGGAAUUCACAUUGCAGAACACUUUGGACUAUCCUGAUGGCAUCAUUACAAAUGGAGUACUAGUGGCACGUGAGGUUUCCUGUUUGGAGGUUAGAGUGGAUACAGGGAAGCUGAAGCAGCAAUCCACAAACCCAGAGCUUACAUUUACUGUGAAAGGAUCACAUGAAGGAAACCAGAAGAUUUUGCUGGACUCUGGCCCCAGCCUUCAUAUAAUCAUAUUUCACUGCAUCAUAAAUGACCAGACAAGACUGGAUAUCCUGUUACCAGAAGAGCUGGCUGAUGGAAAUGAAACAGAGAAAUCUGGGGUCCUUUCUUUCCCCCUGAAUUCACUCCCUCUGCAGAAGGAAAUAAUACUAGAAGAGGAUAACUCAUUUCACUUGUGCUUGACAGCGAGAAAAUGCUCAGGAGACCUGGAUGUACGCUUGGGCUUCAGCCUGUGCACGGAGGAGCAGAACUUCCUGCGGAAAAGGAAGAAAUAUGUUGCUGCUGCUCUGAAAAAGAUUCUUAAUUUGGAGGAGGAUCUGAAGGAGCAUGAGGUGCCAGUGGUGGCCAUCACAACCACCGGGGGAGGAACGCGAUCACUCACGGCGAUGUACGGCAGCCUGCUGGGCCUCCAGAAGCUCAACCUGCUGGACUGCAUUUCCUACAUCGGGGGUUUAUCGGGCACCACAUGGACCAUGGCAAACUUAUAUGAAGAUGCUAAUUGGUCACAAAAAUAUCUGGAGGAUCCAAUCAAGGAAGCUCGCAAGCAAGUAACCAAAUCCAAGAUCUGCUGUUUUUCUUUGGAUUGUCUGAAGUACUAUUAUAAUGACCUGAUGGAGAGGUCUAAAGAAGGACAUAACACUUCCUUCAUAGACCUUUGGGGUCUCGUAAUUGAAUCCAUGCUACAUGAUAAGAAAGAUGAGCAUAGACUCUCGGACCAGCGACAGGCGGUGGAUAAUGGCCAGAACCCACUGCCCAUCUAUGUGGCCAUCAACCUCAAGUCCAACUAUAGUGCCCAGGCUUUCAGAGAGUGGCUGGAGUUCACUCCUUAUGAAGUUGGUCUGCUGAAAUAUGGAGCAUCUAUUCGCGCAGAACACUUUGGAAGCCAGUUCUUUAUGGGAAGGUUGGUGAAGAAGCUCUCAGAGACUCGGAUCUGCUAUAUGCAAGGCAUGUGGAGUAGCAUAUUUUCCAUAGAUGUGAUGUAUGUCUGGAAUUUGGCUGCUGAUUCAGAAGAUUUCUGGUGCAGAUGGACCCGAGACAGAGUAAAAGAUAUUGCAGAAGAGCCCUUUCUGUCUGUGAAUCCCUAUGAAGUAGACACAUGUCUAUUCACCCCCUCGAGUGUCCUCUCCUCUACUCUCCGAGAUGUCUUAACAGGACGUCCAACCAUUGCACAGUAUCCCAAUUUCAUCAGAGGCUUCCAACUGCACAAUAAGUACCUGGAGAGUGAGGGAUUUUCUACCUGGAAAGACACAGUGAUAGACUCCCUCCCAAAUAAACUGAUGGAAACAGCAGACGAUGAGCUCUCCCUGGUUGAUACUGGCUUUUUCAUUAAUACCAGCUACCCACCACUUCUGAGAUCAAAGAGGGAGGUCGACGUGAUCCUGCAUCUAAAUUACAGCGGAGGGUCCCAAACACUGCCUCUGGAUCAGAUUGCAAAGUACUUCUCAGAGCAAGAAAUUCCAUUUCCCAAAAUUGAGAUAAGUGAGGAAGACCGGGAAAACUUGAAGGAGUGCUAUGUGUUUGAAGAGGCUGACAGUCCAAAAGCUCCAACAGUGCUUUUUUUCCCCCUAGUAAAUGACACCUUCAAGAAAUACAAAGCUCCUGGUGUGGAAAGGAGUCCUGAAGAGAUGGCUGAAGGCAAAGUUGAUGUCUCCAGCAUCCUCUCCCCAUUUACAACAAGAGAGGUGUGUUUCAGUGAGGAGAAUUUUGACAAACUGGUGAAACUGACUGAUUACAAUGUCCUGAACAAUGAGAAGUUGAUUAUUCAGGCCUUGCGCUUGGCAGUGGCACGGAGGAAGCAGCGGAAUUAUUAA